GGUGGGGGUGAGGCGGCUUUUCUCCGCCGGGCUGCCCGCUAGCCGCCCCCACUCGUAGGCGGGAAAGGGCCCCCUGGGUUAUGCUUCCCAGGCACCUGGUUUAUAAAUGGCUGAUAACGGCGGUUUUGCAUCUUGUGUUUGGGGUUAAAUCUGUGGAGUGUUGGAGAGCUCUGUCCGCAGGUGUGCGGGGGGAGUGUGAAGCUUCCAGCACGUUCCACAAGCUUAGCUUGAUGGCCAGUCACAGUUUUAAUGCAGAGAGAGGAUACUUGGGAAACCAAGGAUUGUUAAUGUGUGGGAAAUGGGAGGAUUGCGUUGAAUUGCCUGGUGGAGAUGCAAGUUCUAAUAUUGAUGGAUAAAAAGAGAGGGCAUGAUCAGCAAAGGGAUUUUACUCCAGGCUAUGGCCUGAGUAAAGGCCUGUAGAGAGUUGUGUUUGUGCACCACUGGAAACCGUUUGGGCUGAACUAGUGGUGAAGGAUGUGAAAGCAGACAUGGAGCAAGUGAAACAAGGAGGAAUAAUCAUCCUACUGAAUGUGGGGUUGGAAAGCUAAUACUACCCAGGGGGACACAAGCACAAAUCCAUAUGGAGGAUGAAUCUCCUCCUUCUCAAGGAGUCAGUGUCAAGGUCUUGGAAGCAACAUUAUUGUCAGCCCUGAAGAUGUUGGAUGUUGGGAAAUGGCCAAUUUUUUCUCUCUGUUCCCAAGAAGAGCUCAAAUUAAUUCGUCAAGCCUGUGUAUUUGGCAGUGCUGGUAAUGAAGUGUUGUAUGCAACUGAAAAUGACGAGGUUUUUGUGCUUGGCAUGAACUGCAGUGGGUGUUUGGGAACAGGUGACAUGCAGAGCACGAUUGAACCAAGGAGGUUAGAUUCUCUAUGUGGCAAAAAGAUAGCCUGUCUGAGUUAUGGAAGUGGCCCUCAUGUUGUUCUUGCUACAGAAGAAGGAGAAGUGUAUACAUGGGGUCAUAAUGCUUAUAGUCAGUUGGGCAAUGGUACAACAAAUCAUGGUUUCAUUCCCUGUCAAGUCUCUACUAACUUGGUGAACAAGAAAGUCAUUGAAGUUGCCUGUGGCUCUCAUCAUUCUAUGGUGUUAACAUCUGAUGGAGAGGUAUACACGUGGGGUUAUAAUAACUCAGGCCAAGUUGGAUCUGGUUCAACAGCCAAUCAGCCAAUUCCUCGAAGAGUUACCAGCUGCCUACAAAAUAAAAUAGUAGUUAAUAUAGCUUGUGGACAGAUGUGCUCUAUGGCUGUGGUGGAAAAUGGAGAGGUCUAUGUGUGGGGUUACAACGGUAACGGCCAGCUUGGACUGGGCAGCAGUGGCAAUCAGCCAACACCAUGCCGAAUCGCAGCUUUGCAAGGCAUUCGUGUACAGCGGGUUGCCUGUGGCUAUGCACAUACAUUAGUGCUAACAGAUGAAGGUCAGAUUUAUGCCUGGGGAGCCAAUUCAUAUGGCCAGUUAGGUACUGGGAAUAAAAGUAACCAGUCUUACCCUACAACAGUUAUUGUGGAUAAGGACAGAGUUAUAGAGAUUGCAGCCUGCCACUCUGCUCACACGUCAGCUGCCAAGACCCAGAGCGGCCAGGUGUACAUGUGGGGCCAAUGCCGUGGGCAGUCAGUGAUCCUUCCCCACCUCACUCACUUUGCCUGCACUGAUGACGUGUUUGCUUGCUUUGCUACCCCUGCUGUUAUGUGGCGUCUUCUGUCAGUAGAGCCUGAUGACCAUCUAACAGUAGCCCAGUCACUAAAGAAAGAAUUUGACAACCCUGAAACAGCAGACCUGAAGUUUCUAGUGGAUGGAAAAUACAUUCAUGUUCAUAAAGUUCUUCUCAAAAUUAGGUGUGAACAUUUUCGUUCCAUACUGAACAACGAUGACGAAAUUAUAGAAAUGAGUGAAUUUUCUUACCCUGUUUACCGAGCCUUCCUGGAAUACCUGUAUACAGACAACAUUAGGCUCCCUCCUGAAGAUGCGAUAGGACUGCUAGAUUUGGCGACACUGUAUAGAGAAAACAGAUUGAAGAAGCUUUGCCAGCAAACGAUCAAACAAGGCAUUUGUGAAGAGAAUGCCAUUGCUCUUCUUUCCGCCGCUGUCAAGUAUGAAGCUCAGGACUUGGAAGAAUUUUGCUUCAGAUUUUGCAUAAACCAUUUAACUGUUGUUACACAAACUCAAGGCUUUGCAGAAAUGGACCACGACCUCCUGAAAAACUUCAUUAGCAAAGCAAGCAGAGUGGGAGCAUUCCGAAACUGAGGUCUGACUACCACCGAGCUGAAGAGCAUGUCCUCUUCCCUCCUGGAAAUACUUCUCCUUUGGAGAACUUAUCCAUGGUCAGAAUGUGCAACGGUUUGGAAAGAAAGACUGAGUGUCCAUCAGCUUAGGAAAUGUGUGAAAGUCCGCUAACAUGUAGGUUUUGUGAAGAUGGCUACAGCGUAGAUGUACGGUGAGAGUUCAUUGCCAGCAGUCAGAAUUUAACAACAAAAAUCUAGUGCGGUAACUACCCUUUCCCACUUAAAGUCAAGCAAACUAAGCUACUGUUAUCUCGUCUCUCUGUUCUGAGUUUUUUAUCUUUUUUAAAAAACAACCUGCAUUUGGAUUUUAUGGGACAGUAACCUGUUUGCUGCUAAACUUUCAUGGUAUACUUCUACCACCAAACUAAGUUAAUAUGCCAUAGUGGGCUUCUUUUUGCCCAGUUUAUCAUCCAGUGGAGAUACAAACUUGUUUUUCUGAAUGUAUGAUAAAGUAGUAUAAAUUCUUUAGGACAAGAGGCUUUCUGGUUGGUAGGAGGAUAUGUCUCACUUGGUGUUUAUUUGGAGUGUAAAUACGUAAGCCAUGAAGAACUUGAGCUGGAUAUUAGUUUUGAGUUCCUGGCACUUAUGUCCAUUGUUCUAGACAGAAUGAAAAGAAUCUUUCUUUUCCAUUACACCAAGUACAUUCCCUGGCAUCCCAGCGGGCCAGGAAGCAUUCACAGUAUUUGGCUGGGUGAGAAUUAUUGUGCUGUGUGUUUUGGUACUGAGAAAACAUCUGGUUUCUUGUUACCAAGAAAAAGAAACCCAAACAAAAUCUAAAGGAAAGGGAGGUUCCACCUGAGGUUUGUUUAUUCCUGUCUUACUAUCUAUCUGCAGAUAGAUCAUCUUAAGAGAAAUAGUGAAAAAGAUGUUUUUGAAGUGAUAAAAUGGGUCUUACAGUUAAAUCCUAGGAGCAAAACUCAUAUUAUUUUCCAUGUGGCAAUAAGGAUACCUUGUCCAAAUACAUUGUUUAAGGUUCUCCUUUGGUCAGUGCCGUGAGGUAACCACACCCCUUACCUUACAUGCCUGUUUUAGGUGAGAGGAGUUGCUCCCUGGAGACGCCUCUCUCAUCACUGAUCAUCGAGGGGACCGGAUGGCUGUGAUAGAGUAGAUGCUUACUUUCUCUUGAAGCAUUUACUUGAAUUUUCUAAUAGGCAACUAUGAAUUAACCCUGAGAAAUUAUUUAUCUUAAAAUUUUAAUUGGGUGAAGUGGCUUUAAGUGCCUUUUGUAGUAUUUUACAAAUGGAGAAGGCAAGAGGCUGGAUGACCAGGCUCAGUACACUAACAUAAUGAGUCACGCGACCUUCCUUCAGAGCCUUGCUGUGCCACAGCAUCCUGCGAUGGCUUCUUCUGAUCCUCAAAUGUGGUUUCUAAGAACCUAAUUCCCUCACAUGAUUGCAGCCUCAUUUUCUCAUUUCUAAAGUAGAAAUAACUGUUCUUUAUUAUAUUGGAGGAUCAUUUCUCAAACAGUCCUAUUCCUUGAGGAGAAGGAAAGGAGGAAGAAAAGGAAAAGCACGUCCUCAGAAAAGAUGAUGAGAAGCAGUGAGUAGCGCCUCAUUUCACAGCAGUCCCUGUGGGUGUGAGCAGAAGGGUGAGGCACACAGACAGCAGAAUUUACUUACGAAGCGGGACGUAAGCAAAUUAUUUUGGAAAAAUGCUGUGGUAAAAAAUUACUUGUGUUUGAGGCAUUUGCCUCAGACUCUCACUAGAAAUAGAUUGGAUCAUCUACUGCUAACAGGUGUCUUUAGCCACCCCUUCAGUGGUUAGUACAACUUCCUCGAGCAGCGUUAAGUCCACACUUCAGCAGCUUUGUCAGUACUUUUGUACUCAAACAGACCUGGUCAAAAAACCUUUCCAGUGCAUAAUGCAGUUUCAUCAAAACCACAACUUCCCUGGGGCAGGGGGUGACAGCAGUUUUGGUAAGUUUGUGUUGAAAAGCACUUGACUCAGGCACACAGACAGUUAAUGCAGCCAGGUAUUGUGGUAGGGCACACGGUUACUGCAGACCUCAUGCUACAGCCCAGCGCUAAGCGUGCCAAUGCAUAGCCGCAAUGCCAUUCCACGUAAGCCAAGGCUGGAUAAGUCUAGAUGUUCUGGUUAAGCCGGGCAUGGCUGGAGUGACGUCUGCUCCUUUCAGACCUGGGCUCAAGAUCGCCAGAUUCACCUGCCAGCAUUUCCUUAGCUGUAGCAGCACGCAGCAGGAGGGUGUACCGCCACAGGCCAGCUUUUUGGGUAGCACCUUGUACUGGAUCGCAGCUGACACGCGCGGCAUUGCGCUGGCACGCAGUCAGCCUCACUAGGCAAUGGAACCAGCUGGGCACCCGCGCCGCUUGCAGUGGCCUUUCGGUCACUCUGGCCUUCCCAAGAAAUGCACUGUCAAGGGCCUCUCCAAAUAUUUUUGUUGUUUUACUUUUAAAAAAAUACUCAAAACUGCAACUAUCACUGGUGCGUGAUAGCACUCUCCUAAGCUGGCUCAAGUUCAUAAUGCAGCAGUUCAACAACUACUGGAGUCAGACUGGCAUGCUUUCUUAGCAAGGCAUUUUUCGUUUAAUAUAACCAAUAGCACCCUUUUUUUUCCUGAUUUAUUUCCUUUCUGCUCAUAAUUUCCAACAUACUGUGCACAUCAAAGCCUAGUUGCAAUGUCACAGUAAUUGACAAAGCCUGUAAUUUUGAGAAAAAGCAUCUCUGGACUGAAUGAGGGUGAUUCUAAAGAUCCAGUGUGUCAGUGUGGGCUUGUGUCCAGGCGGUAUGGAUGGGCUAGCAUUACAUUCAUAGAGACAUUUAUUUAUUGAUUUUUUAAAAAAUCUUUCAUUUGCAUGCACUUUCCUUGGCACUUAAAGGUCAAUGUUUAAAAAAACAUACUGGCUUAGGUGGUUAAAUGUUGAUGCAUGUCUAGAAACAUGUGCUUGAAACCCAAUCAUGGGACAGUAUAGAAGAAAUUAGGGAGGCAUUUUUAUCAUUGUGAGACGGUCUGCAACAAACUUAGGCUUGUGGAUCUUGCAGGUUAAAUGCUUUAUGACAUACUUAAGUAUAUAAGUAUCAUUCUGGUUUAGGGCACCACAGACGAAAAAGGUAUUUGCUAAAAGGUGAAGAUAAACUGGAUCUGGGGUUUAAAUCACAAGGGGUAUCCGACUUCGCAGAAAGGGAACCAACCAGGUGGAUAACUUUCUGAAUCAAAAUGAAAGAAAAAAAAAAUGACAGGGAAGGUCAUUUAAAGGCUCUCUUAAGUUACUGCAGCUGAGAGCCAGCACUGCAUUGUCAUCUAGUACCCACCUCUAGCGUUUUAUUACAAUGCCUGAUAACUAUGUAAAUUGCUGUUUUUAUAUGAUCUGGAUCAUUUCCAUGGGCUUUCCUUGUAAAGCAAAGUAUUUCAUUACCCUGUAGACAGGGCUCAUUGGCUACCGCCUAAUGAUGCAGAAAGGUUGUAGUCUGAACAUAAAAUUAUGUUUUGAUUUCUUGUCUUGAUCAACUUGCCUGGUUUUAACAAGGCCAUUAAUAAAAUUGCCAUAAUAUUUAAAAACUA